CUUAUAUAGCCUGUGGAGUAAGAGAGACGUGGAGCGAACCCAUGUCACAAAGAAGGAGGGGAGGGAGUUGAGCUUUGCCAGCAGUGAGAAAGUCAGUCUAUCUUGCAGUGCCAGAUUUCCAUUUGGUUUUCUGGAGGUUUGGGUGACAAGUUUGGCCUGUGGCAUAAGGCCAUGAAUAUAUACGGUGUAACACUCAACGGACCUGCUCCCUGGGGCUUUCGGCUUCAGGGAGGCAAGGACUUCAACAUGCCUCUGACCGUGUCUAGGCUGACUCCAGGUGGCAAGGCGGCCCAGGCCGGAGUGGGUGUUGGAGAUUGGGUGGUGUCCAUCUCGGAGGCCAAUGCAGAGGAGAUGACCCACGUGGAGGCACAGAACAAGAUCAGAGCCGCAACCGACUCCCUCACACUCACUCUGAGCAGAGCUUUUCAUCCUGCCGGAGGAGAGCAGAAGAUGGAAGUUCUUGACAAAGGAGAAGCCUUCUAUGAGGAGUUGUACCCUGAGGGGAAGCACGGUCUGCGGGUGGAAAACAUGGCCUGCUUCAUCCCCAACGAUCGCAGUAAGAAGAGACUGAUCGAGGAUACGGAGGAUUGGCAGCCGCGCACCGGCACCACCCAGUCUCGCUCUUUCCGAAUUCUGGCCCAGCUCACAGGCACUGACUUCAUGCAGGACCCGGAUGAUGAGAACAUGAAAAGGUCCAGUCACGGAGUAACUCCCUGUCCUGCCAAGUCCAAGCCAGCAGACAAACCUGAUGAAGUUCAAGCACCAGCUAAAGCACCAACAAGUACCGGCCCAGCCUGCAGGCCACCAUGGGUGACGGAUCCCGGUUUCGCAGACCGUUACCACCCAGACAAGACCAGCACGGUGGUGACGCAGCACAAGCAGCCGGUCCAACCCACUCCCAUGCAGAACCGCAGCUCCAUCCUGCAGGCAGCACAGCAGAGCCCUGCCGACACAAGUGGCCGUACGCCUCUAUGUGCCGCGUGCAACAAGAUCAUCAGGGGACGCUACGUGGUGGCGCUUGGUCGUUCCUGGCACCCAGAGGAGUUCAUGUGCUGUCAGUGUAAAAGGGUGUUGGACGAGGGGGGCUUCUUUGAGGAGAAAGGAUCCAUUUACUGCACCAAGUGUUAUGACAACCGUUACUCACCCAACUGUGCCAAAUGCAAGAAGAUGAUCACUGGGGAAAUCAUGCACGCCCUGAAGAUGACCUACCACGUACAGUGCUUCCUGUGCGCCGCCUGCAAAAUGCCCAUCAGGAACCAGGCCUUCUACAUGGAGGAGGGAGAGCCCUACUGUGAGAGAGACUAUGAAAAGAUGUUUGGUACCAAAUGCCAUGGCUGUGACUUCAAGAUUGAUGCAGGGGACCGUUUCCUUGAGGCGCUGGGCUACAGCUGGCAUGACACUUGCUUUGUCUGUGCCAUCUGUCAAAUCAAUCUAGAGGGGAAGACGUUCUAUUCAAAGAAGGACAAGCCACUGUGUAAAAGCCACGCUUUCUCUCCGCUGUGAGGCUCUGCUGUGCUUCAAGGAGGGGCCGGAACGGAGACUGGGGGGUCUACAGCUAUGCCAAACAAGACCAAGUACUUUACUUGAAGCCUGUAACAUAUGGCUGACUGACAGAGUGAUGGAUAUAGUAGCUCCGCUGGCUUUCACCGGCUGUUAUAGCCCGCUUCGAUCAGCAUUUACUAAGUAUGUGUCAUUCAGCAAAGCACAGAUCUGAAUUUUCGGUAGCUUGCUACAGUAAGCCGACAGACUGGCCUCAGUUUUGCUGUGUUACAAUGCCAGUCAUUCAACUGGAAAAACGGCUUAUGAACUGUUAGAACCACCAAUGCUAGAAUGGAUAACAAGGCAUUUGGAUGAAGUAUCUUAGCUGUCCCUCCUCAUCCACCUCCACCUCCAAAAGUACACCUGCAGUAUUCAUGAUGCUUCAAAAAUCCAAAGAUAUUGUACAUUCUUACUUAUACGGCUCACUUAACUUUCACUUUUUAGAUAUAAUUGGUUUGUUUAUUAGCAGUAUUCAUCAAUUUGGCAUCUGGAGUGAAUCUCACAAGAACUGGUCAUAUUUCACCCCUUUUUAUAUUAAAGAAAAUUAAGCCAUUUGUAAGAAUAUUAACAUUUUUAUGACUUUAUUUUCAUGACAGUUGAGCACAUUUUCCCUACUUGUCUUACUGUAAUGCAAUAAAUAAAUAAAAAAAAAAGUACUGUUUAUACAUCAUGAUAGUAUUUGUACUGCCUUUAGGCUGAUUUUAAUACAGUAAUUUUUCAAUGAAAAUCACCAUAAAAAAAAAAUAAAGGGAAUGUGAUUAUCAUGAAAAUAUUGUCACAGAGGAGGGAAAACUGUUUAAAUCGUGACCCUUUUUUUUUUUUUGGUGAGAUUCAUCCAUUUCAUCUGCACUCUAUAUUUAUCAUCCAAAAUUCUGUCCUCUCUUUUGUCUCAAAUAAGGACAAAGCAUUUCCCAUGCAAUGAGUGAAGCAAUCUAGUCACACUCCGAUACAUACAAUCCAUUUUGUAGGCUAAAGCAUUGCGCAUGUGAUCUACUCAGACAGGAUCUUAAAGUGGCCCCUCAAUCCUCUAGAUGCUGUGCAGCCUACUUUUUUGCUCUGCCUGAUUUGCUGUGCCAGGGUACUUAAGGUAAUGGCAAACCACAGAGGAAUAAAACGCCCCUGGCAGCUACACUGAAAUACAUUAGCACUGAUUGCAUGCGUUCCAUCCUGACCCAACCAAUGGUCUCUACAUGACUUCAAUACUAAAUACGCCACAUUCAUCUGUUCUAAUCAGACAGGUAGUUCUAAUUAAGGGAAGGCCUGUGAUACCAUAAAAAGGGUUUGCAUUGGCGCAAUUGGAUCCUGCAAUCUUAUAUGGUCACUCAUAUUUGCUCACUGUGUUAUUUAAAGCUUUGGCCAGUGGAUUAUGGAUAUCACCAAUAUGUCCUUAAUCUUAUGGCAUUUGGGCAGUACCUCACCCUCCAAACAUAAUGGCUCUUCUUCAGAGACUACAUACCAGAUGCUGCCCGGAACAUCAUUCCCUUAUCGCGAUCUUCUGCGCCGUAAUCGGAAGAAACGCAACACUCCAAUAUCCUGCUCUUUGAAAGCUCUCUCUCUAUAUAUAUUUGAGCCAACAGCUCAAUUUUUGUACUUUUUUUUUUGUAUUGACAAUGUGUUAUGUAUCAACUAUCAAGUGCCUUUUUAUAGCUUUGCAGCCUUUAACUAUUGUGUGUGUCAAACUGCUGUAUUGUUGUGCAUAUUAUAGAGGUUUCUAUGUCAGAUGAAGCAAAUCAUUUAUAAAGAAAUUGUGCUAGAGACACUUAGUCAAUAAAUCACCUGCAGUCA